AUGCGUAGCGGAACGCCUCUUGCUCGAUACGCUUCUCACUACGAACCGUGCAACAGCAGCUACAGCUGGAAGAACAGCAACCCUACCAAUCGAGUGCAGCCAGCCAACAAGCCCUCCACAUCCACUGCAGCCCCAAAGCCGAAACCGCAACCUCCACCUGGCUACCGAGCCGAUCGCCCGUGGGAAUGGAUGACUGAUGAGGAGCUUUGCGAGGCUUGUCGGCUGCCCGACGAGCUGGAGGAGUUGCUGCUGAAGUUGUGCGGAUGGGGCGAUGGCGAGCAUGAAGGUGUCUACGAACGGAAACAAGCUGCCCUUGCUGCCGGCAAGACGCUGGAGGAAUUUGAGGAGGAGGAGAAGCGCCGUGUCGUGAAACCGGUCUACGAACUGGAGGAGGAAGAGGAGUGGUUCACUUCGCUGAAGAAACACGUCGAUGGAAACAAGGCUGAAACGAGGCGUCGCACCCUGCGCACCUCGAACAUGGGACGUGACGCUAAGCGAGCCCGGACGACGUCGAUCAGCGAGCUGGACCGUUUCAACUCCUUCUGCAAGCUCGGCUCGAACACUCCUACCAUUUCGACUGGACCAAGCUGCUCUGGCUCGUCUUUUGGCACCAGCUCUGUCGGCUAUACUCAGUCCUCUUCUCAAGCCACUUCUGGAGUCUUUUCCGCCAAGAUGACCACCGACGAGCUGGAGUACGCCUAUAUGGGUGUGGUGUGCGGCGACAAUCUGGUGCGCCAUUCAACUGCCAAGACGGCUGACACUCAUCAGGAGGAGAACGUCAUUCCAGCUCCCAGCACUUCCGGUUCGUCAAUGGACGACGCCUUCGCCUGCGACAUGGACUUC